GGUGCAGAGGUUGAUCACGACUCAGAAUGUGUAGAGAUAACAUUGAACAGAUUUCUGUAUUUUAGUCAUUUCAGUUUCUCUCUCUGCGCUCUGACAGGUGCACAAACGAGCCCUCAGUUUCUGUUCUUCCUGUUUGGACCGUAAAGAUGUUAGCCGUCCAUCUUGUCUCAUUCUUCUUCUCCAAACUUCAGGAGGAUCCUACUAAGAAGGUGGACAGGUUCCUGCACGCGAUGCGUCUGCAGGAUGAGCAGCUCGUCGACGUCUCAAACCGUUUUCUGGCUGAGAUGAAGAAAGGACUUUCAGCAGAAAGUCUGGCCGCUGCAGCUGUGAAAAUGCUGCCGACUCAUGUCCGCUCCACUCCCGAUGGAUCAGAGAAAGGACAGUUUGUGGCUCUGGAUCUCGGAGGCUCCAAGUUUAAGGUUCUCAGAGUGAAAGUCAGAGAGGAUGAGGGGAUUAAGAAGGGAGGAGUGGAGAUGGAGGAGAAAACUUAUCCAAUACCAGAGGAGCUGCAUGAAGGGAGAGCUGUUGAGUUAUUUGACCAUGUCUCAGAGUCUCUGAAGGAUUUCCUGCAUGAAAAGAACAUGAGUCCAGAGAAAAAGCAUCCGCUAGCCUUUACUUUCUCCUUCCCAUGUGAGCACCCUAGUUUGGAUCAGGGAUUGUUGUUAAGCUGGUGUAAAAACUACAAAGUUCGCGGCCUUCAGGGGAAAGAUGUGGUCCAGUCCCUCAGGCAAGCCAUUGACAGAACCGGGGAUAUGGACGUAGAUGUCCUGGCAGUGGUUAAUGACACUGUGGCGACCAUGAUGACCUGUGGGUUUGAUGACCAGUGCUGUGAAGUAGGACUCAUUAUCGGAACCGGCACCAACGCCUGCUACAUGGAGGAGCUGCGUCACAUCGACCUGGUUCAGGGAGACGAGGGCCGGAUGUGUGUGAACACCGAGUGGGGCGCGUUCGGAGACGACGGGGCGUUGGAUGAUUUUAUUACUGACUUUGACAGAGACGUCGAUGCAGCCUCCCUCAACCCUGGAAAACAAACAUUUGAGAAGAUGGUCAGUGGGAUGUACCUGGGUGAACUGGUGAGGCUGGUUGUGUUGAAGAUGGCUAAACUGGGACUGCUGUUUGAUGGGCAUGUGUCAGACGCUCUGAGGACCAAAGGGAAGAUAACCACUGCAGAUGUGGCAGCGAUGGAGGAGUACAUAAACGGUCUGAUAAACACUAAGGAAAUCCUGACUCACCUGCAGUUGACCCCUUCACCUGACGACUGCGUCGCUGUUCAGCAAAUCAGCACCAUCGUGUCCUUCAGGUCCUCGAAUCUGGUGGCGGCGGGGCUGGCGGCCAUAUUAACCCGGAUCAAGCAGAACCGGAACCUGAGAGGACUGAGAAUCACAGUCGGCGUUGAUGGCACUGUGUACAAAACACACCCACAGUAUCCUAAGCGCCUCCAUAAGGUGGUGCGGCGGCUGCUUCCUGAUUGCCAGGUCAGGUUCCUCCUCUCGGAGAGCGGCAGCAGCAAAGGCGCUGCCCUCGUGGCAGCGGUCGCCCAGCGCCUGACAUCACAGAGGCGAAAGGUGGGUGAAGCUCUGUCUCUGUUCACUCUGAACCAAGAGAAGCUCCAGCUGGUGAAGUCCAGGAUGAGGGAAGGCCUGGAGGCUGGGCUGAAGAGCAAAGGCUGCACCAUUAAAAUGCUUCCCUCUUUCGUAUACCACACACCGAACGGCACAGAGCGUGGGAAAUACCUCGCCUUGGAUCUGGGAGGAACAAACUUCAGAGCUAUGCUUGUGCGAUUUAAAAGACAAAAAUCUCGACUUUACCAUAAAAUUUACACCAUUCCCUUGGAGAUAAUGCAGGGAACUGGAGAGGAGUUGUUUGACCACUUGGCUCAGUGUGUUUGUGACUUCCUGGACUACAUGGGGCUGAAGAAAGUUCGCCUUCCUGCAGGAUUCACCUUCUCUUUCCCCUGUCAGCAGUCAGGCAUUGAUACAGGCACAUUGGUGAGCUGGACCAAAGGCUUUAAGGCUACGGACUGUGAAGGAGAAGAUGUUGUGAACAUGCUCAGAGAGGCCAUCAGAAGACGCAACGAGUUUGACUUGGACAUCGUUGCUUUAGUCAACGACACAGUUGGGACCAUGAUGAGCUGCGCCUAUGAGGAUCCUAAAUGUGAAGUUGGAAUGAUUGCAGGAACAGGCUCCAACCUUUGCUACAUGGAAGAACUGAAGAACAUCGAGAAGCUGGAACAGAGCAACGGCAUCCUGAAGACAAAUGAACAGACGUCGGAAGGAGAGGAAGGCGAGGCUGCUGUGAAGUCGGACCUGAAGAUGUGUGUAAACACAGAGUGGGGCGGUCUGGGCGAUGACCGCUGUCUGGAAGACAUCAUCACACCUUAUGAUGCCGAAGUGGACAUACACUCAGUGAACCCUGGAAAACAAAGGUUUGAAAAGCUGACCAGUGGGAUGUAUCUGGGUGAAAUCGUCAGACAGGUUUUACUGGAUCUGACCCGAAGAGGCCUCCUGUUCAAAGGACACGUCACCGAAACCUUAAAAACCCCCGGGAUAUUUGAAACAAAAUAUCUCUCACAAAUAGAGAGCGAUCGCUUGGCUCUGCUGCAGGUCAGGUCUAUUCUGCAGCAGCUGGGGCUGCACGGCACCUGUGACGACAGCAUCAUUGUCAAGGAGGUAUGUGGGGCGGUGUCACGUCGUGCGGCUCAGAUGUGUGGAGCAGGAAUGGCAGCAGUGGUGGAUAAAAUCAGAGAAGACCGAGGGCUGGAGCGUCUGAGCAUCGCUGUGGGCGUAGACGGCGCUCUGUAUAAACUGCAUCCUCAUUUCUCGCAGGUCCUGAAGGAGACUGUGGGGGUCAUGGCUCCCCACUGCAAUGUGACCUUCCUGCCGUCAGAGGAGGGCAGCGGGAAAGGUGCCGCCCUCAUUGCAGCCGUGGUCCGACAGAAGCAGGAGAAGUGACCGUACAGGACAGGAAAUGAUAACACUUUCCCCAGAAACAACACAGAAGAGAGAAAAAGUGCAAAUAACUUUCAAUGUUAAUAGAACUACACCUAAAUUAGGGGAUUUUUACAUAUAAGAGUGACUGUCUGGUAACUUUUAUUAUAUUAAGGGACCUUAUAUACAGUAAAUAGUCAGCAUGCCCUGCCACAGGUUAGAUUUGCUUCUCCUCCAACUUGUGAAAACUGUUUCUCUUCUCUUUUUAUGGUUCAACGUGAGGUUUGUUUAUAAUAAACACAUGCAGUGAUCACGUUUUUAAUUUCUUGUCAUUCUAUAAAUCUAUACAUUUCUAAAUGAUUAGGAUUUAGAAGUUCAGAAAGAAGUGAAUCAUUGUGAAGUGGAAGGAAAAGGACAAAUUGUUUUCAGAGGAUUCUCAGAAAGAAAUCUGAAUUGUGCAAAGUAACAAUUGGCGGACUACAUAUAUAAAGAUCAGUUUUCAAAUCUUGGAAAUAUUUUCAAAUGGAUUUCGAUAUAGGACAUGUUUAGGCCCUUGUAAGGCUUUGGUUUUUAACCUGUUGUACCUCUGUUUGGAUGUUAUUUAAUUUCAUGACUUCUUAAGGGAGUCAGAAGAUUUUAUUUAGGAUUAUCUGAUUAAGGAAGAUUAAAUAUAUACACAAAUCACAGUUUUCAGAUUUUUUGUUGUAAAACUGUAGAAGAACCAUGUAUAAUUCCCUUUCUCUUCACAGUUAUCUACUUCUCUUGUGUUGGUUUAAUUCCAGCAAAAUUACAUUUGUUGGCUUUGACUUGACUAAAUAGUUUUCUUUUGCAAGAAUUGCUGUAAAUAUAAGAAUUUAACUUUG